AUGGAUACCCCUCUUUUCAUUGCACUCAUUCUCUUCGUUUACUUGGUCUAUGCCUUCUGCCGCAAGCAACGCUCUCUCCUGCCUCCCGGUCCUCCCGGUCUCCCGUUUCUCGGAAAUGCUCUCGACAUGGCCGUGAAAUAUCCUUGGUUAAAAUACGCCGAGUGGGGUCGACAAUAUGGCGAUAUUAUCUAUCUCAACGUUGUUGGGCAGUCCGUUAUAGUGCUAAACUCAGCCAAGGCCGUUUUCGCUCUACUUGAUCAGCGCGGUGGCAUCUACUCAGAUAGGCCGCGUCUAGUGAUGGGCGGAGAGCUCGCCGGAUACGUCCACAGUGUACCUCUUUGCCCUUACGGCACGCGUUUACGGGAGUACAGGAAGUUGAUCCUUGAAGUCGUCGGACCCCGGAAGGUCCAGCAGUGGCGGCCCAUCGAGGCAGAGAAGACAAGGAUAUUCCUCGGAGCGCUCUUGGAAUCCCCGGAAAAAUUCCGUGACCAUAUUCGACAUCAUAUCGCCUCCAUAACUUUCCUCAUAUCACAUGGGUACGACGUUAGACCUGAAAAUGACCCACUUGUCGAGCUUGCCGAUCGGGGUGAUCAAGGGUUUUCGGAGUCUACCACUGCCGGUGCCUUUCUGGUUGACUCAUUCCCUAUCAUGCUGUAUCUUCCGCGAUGGUUGGGCUUCAACUGGAUGAAGAAGGCUGAGAAGUUCCACAGAGAUAUGGAGGAACUCCGAGAUAUACCUUAUAACUCCGUCAAGGAGCAAGUGGUCAAAGGGACGGCCAUCCCUUCCUUUACUGCCAAUCUUAUUCAGCGGUACAAAAAUCCAUCAUCAUACCAAGAAGACGUUAACAAGUGGGUCACCACUGGAUUCUACUCCGCCGGUGCCGACACAACCGUAUCGUCACUAUGCUCAUUCUUCCUGUAUAUGACGCUUCUCCCGGACAAGCAGAAGAAAGCGCAAGAAGAAAUAUCUUGCGUAGUCGGGUCCGCACGAUUGCCUGAUUUCAACGAUCGAGAAAGCUUGCCUUACGUUGAAUCUUUGCUCAAGGAAGUCCAUCGAUUGAAUCCAGUUGGACCUCUAGCAGUACCACACAAGUCGACUAAAGAUGAUUCUUACAACGGCUAUUUGAUUCCCUCUGGCUCCGUGGUUGUGCCUAACACAUGGGCCGUAAUGCAUGAUCCAGACACUUAUCCGUCUCCCUUUGAAUUCCUUCCAGAAAGAUAUCUGGAGCCCCACAAUGAGGCCAAGGGCAUCAAUUCAGAUCCUCGCAAAUUCGCUUUCGGAUACGGGCGCAGAAUCUGUCCCGGACAACAUCUUGCGGACGAUGAGUUCUAUAUUACUGUUGCUGCUGUGCUCUCCGUGUUCAACAUUCUUCCGGAAUCCAACAAGGAGCAAGUCAGGCUCCCUGAUUGGUCUCGGAGUGAAGGAUACCUCUCAUCUACCAUUUCGCAUCCCGAUCCCUUCAAUUGUCGAAUUAUACCACGUUCGCACGAGGCCGAGCUGUUGAUCCGUGCGGGCGACCCUUCAAGACAGUAA